GUGGGGCUAACGAAGAUGGCGAACUGUGUGUGGUUCCGCGGGCUGAAGGCGGCGGAGCGGCGGCUGUGGCCUGGCGGCGUCUGCAGGAAAAGCAGCAGCUCGGCCAAGGCAGCGCCUGUCGUGGAUGGCGGCCAGGAGCCAGAUUUACCUGAGGGAACUGUUGCAAAGACAUUCUCAGCACUGCAGGCAGCAAGGCAUGAACAAGCAGAACGGACUAUUUUGAUUAGCUGUCCUCCCAAUGUCACUGAAAAGAAAUUCUACAAAUACUUAGCAAGCUAUGGAACGAUCAAUAAAUACUUCUUCUAUGAAACUUUCGGCAUUUAUGCACUUGUGGAGUUCUCUGAUAAGGAAAGUAUAGAAGCAAUUCAACACUCUUCCACUAUCCCAAGCCUCCAGCACGAAUGUGCUAUUCCAUUCAAAUCCAGAUUUUUCAAUUUGAGGAAUAACCAUCUUGGAUCAUUGACUUCCACUCAUCCUUCUCUACCACUGCUUAAACAAUCCGUCAUCCCUCUUAAUGAACUCCGACAGAAACUCUCUCGGGCCAAGAGUAUAGAUGAACAAUUGUACACUGUCCUCAACGAGAGUCAACUUACUGAAGAGAACAUAUGCCUUCGUUUCCUUGUUUGCUCCUUGCUGAAGGAAGUUUCAUCAGCUUACUUUCCAGAAUGUUCAAUUAAACCAUUUGGAUCAUCUGUGAAUAACUUUGGCAAGAUGGGCUGUGAUCUAGACAUGUUUUUGGAUCUGGACAGCAUUAGUGGAAUAAAUAACACCAAGACAGGACGUGCUUUCUCCAUGGAGUACCAGACAAAAAGAGUGGCAUCAGAGCGGGUGGCAACACAAAGCAUCCUUUCUGUGAUAGGGGAGUGCAUUGAUCAGUUUGCCCCGGGUUGUACAGGAAUGCAGAAGAUACUCAAUGCUCGAUGCCCAUUGGUGCGAUUUUCACAUCAGCCUUCAGGAUUUCAGUGUGACCUCACUGCCAAUAAUAGAAUUGCUAUGAGAAGCACAGAACUCCUUUAUAUUUAUUCUAAUAUUGACCCUCGGGUUCGGGCCCUGGUGUUCAGCAUUCGAUAUUGGGCUCGUGUCCAUGGUAUCACCAGUAGUAUUCCUGGAGCCUGGAUCACUAAUUUUUCCUUGACUAUGAUGAUUCUUUUUCUGCUGCAAAAGAGAAAUCCACCAAUUAUACCAACACUAGACCAGCUAAAAGACCUAGCAGAAGAAAAGGAUAAACAUAUUAUUGAAAGUCACGACUGCACAUUUGCUUCUGAUAUCAAAGUCAAGCCUUCCCAAAAUGGAGAGACACUGGAGGAGCUCUUACAGGAAUUCUUUGAAUUUUAUGGAUCCUUUCCUUUUAGUAAAAUGUCCAUCAAUAUCAGAAAGGGAAAGGAACAGAAUAAAUCUGAAGCAUCACCACUGCACAUCCAGAAUCCAUUUGAACAGGCACAGAAUGUUAGCAAGAAUGUCAAUCAAACCCAACUGGAUAGGUUUGUGACAGCAGCCAGAGAGAGUGCCUGGAUCUUACAGCAGGAAGAUCUAAAGCAUCCAAAUGGCAGUGCCUGGGGAUUAGCUGCCCUGCUUCUUCCCAACUCUCAGUCGUUCAGUGGAAGGAGCAAAAAGAGGAGGAAACAGCCAGCCAGUGAGAGAAUUAAAAAUUUGUUGGAUUCAUUAAAGAUAAACAGGGAAGCCACUGAACAUUUGAACAGGCCAAAUGGCUUUCGAAAGUUUAUUUCCACUGUUGCACGGUAGCAGCACGCUGGAUACAAAAAAGGAGUUUGUGUCUUCUGAAGUAUCGGUGCCUCAAAUGACUAGUAAGAUGUCAAGAACCUGAAGACUUUAUGGAUUUUUUUGUACAAAGUGCUUUAGGAAUUAUUGAAUGAAGCAUUUAGUUGCCUGUAAGGUUUAAAUUUCCUAAACACUUCGUCUGUAUUUGUUUUAAUGAACAAUAGUGCAUAAAUUGAAUUUCAUUCUAGCUAAUCCGAGAUGUAAACAUUUCAAGUGCACAAGAGACUGCAGAUGCUGAAAUGUGGAGCAACAAACAGUUUACUGGAGGAACUCUGAUAUGUUCACUGUUCUUCUCUUUCCAUCAGACGCUGCUUACUUGCUGAGUUCCUCCAGAAGAUUAUUUGUAACUUUUGAACAGUAUUGGUUUGAAAUCCAAAAGAUGGACCUAAAGAGACAAUUCCUGCAUAUUCCUGUGUUCACAUUAAGUUCACUGCAUGUGCCCAAAUAAUUUAGAAAGGUACAGACAAAUGUCUCAGAUUGUACUUUUAAAUUACCAGUGGUGCAUUUUUAAAUGAUCAGUAAUGGUUUACAAACUUUUGUCUUUUUGCAUUUGUUCAUUUUUGUUAGCAUCUGUGUUUGUAAUUCCCACCCAAAUGGAUUUUAUAAUCUCAUUGUUUCAGCCCUUUAUAAAUGGCUGACUUUUCCCUCUUAGUGGGAAUCUGUUUCACCCUGCUGUGGCAGUAAUAAGACCAACUCUCUCAGUUUUGCACAAAUGAACUCAAUGCUUUAAGUACAAGGUAAACAUGGUAAAAGUACAUGGUAAAAUAAAUAAUUGUUUUCAUUAA